AUGUUAGAGAUCUAUCUAUCUAUCUAUCUAUCUAUCUAUCUAUCUAUCUAUCCCUGUCUGUCUAUCUAUUCAUCUAUCAUCUAUCUAUCUAUCUAUCUAUCUAUCUAUCUAUAUCAGUCUCUUCAUCUUCUCUCACACUCUAUCUAUCUAUCUAUCUAUCCCUGUCUGCUUAUCAUCCAUCCAUCUAUCUAUCUAUCUAUCCAUCUAUCUAUCUAUCUAUCUCAGUCUCUUCAUCUCCUCACAAUCUAUCUAUCUAUCUAUCUAUCUAUCUAUCUAUCUAUCCAUCUAUCUAUCUAUCUAUCUAUCUAUCUAUAUCAGUCUCUUCAUUCUCUCUCACACUUCAUCUAUCUAUCUAUCUAUCUAUCUAUUCAUCAUCUAUCUAUCCCUGUCUGCUCCUAUCUAUCUAUCUAUCUAUCUAUCUAUCUAUCUAUCUAUAUCAGUCUUCAUUCUCUCAAUAAUUCAUCUAUCUAUCUAUCUAUCUAUCUAUCUAUCUAUCUAUCCCUGUCUGCUCCUAUCUAUCUAUCUAUCUAUCUAUCUAUCUAUCUAUCUAUCUAUCUAUCUAUCUAUAUCAGUCUCUUCAUUCUCUCACACUCUAUCGAUCUAUCUAUCUAUCUAUCCCUGUCUGCUCCUAUCUAUCUAUCUAUCUAUCUAUAUCAGUCUCUUCAUUCUCUCACACUCUAUCUAUCUAUCUAUCUAUCUCUUAUUUCUCGCAUACCAUUUCUUCUGUAUGUGAUUGAUUUUAUAAAUAAGUGA